AUGUUUAAUUAUCUAUCUAUCUAUCUAUCUAUCUAUCUAUCUAUCUAUCUAUCUAUCUCUCUCUCUCUCUCUCUAUAUAUAUAUAUAUAUAUAUAUAUAUAUGUAAUGAGAGAGAGAGAAAUUUUUCCAAAUAUAAUACCAAGAAGCACUUCCAGAAAUCGUGUCAAUGUAAGUGACGUGUUGAUGGUGUAUGAUAAUACGUCGUUCAUCUACCUGAAGGAAUCCCUCAAUCGAGAAGUGUCCGACGAACUUAACUUCGCCGUCCACUGUACAGUACAAACGGCCAACGGUCUCAGGAUUAUCCUUCGUCUCAUACCUAUUCUCCUUUUUCAUUCUUUACCUGUAUCUUCCCAUUCUAUCCCUUUAUCCCUUCCAAUACAACUAGGAUUAUCCUUCGUCUCAUACCUAUUCUCCUUUCUCAUUCUUUUUACCUGUAUCUUCCCAUUCUAUCCCUUAUCCCUUCCAAUACAACUAGGAUUAUCCUUCGUCUCAUACCUAUUCUCCUUUCUCAUUCUUUACCUGUAUCUUCCCAUUCUAUCCCUUAUCCCUUCCAAUACAACUAGGAUUAUCCUUCGUCUCAUACCUAUUCUCCUUUCUCAUUCUUUACCUCUCCGGUUUUUCCUUCCUUUUUUUCUCUUCCAUUUCAUAUUUUUCUCUUUCCCGACAUUUUCCAUCAUUUCUUUUUUUCUCCUUUUCUUUUUAGUUUUUCUUGUUUUAAUUAUCUUUGUUUCUCAUUUUACUUCUUCUUUUAUAUUUCCUUCUCGCUUUAUUUUCAUACGUUUUUUUUUCUUUUUGUCUUUAUUUUCUUUCCAUCAUUUUCUUUUUUUUCUUUCCUUUUCAUUUUUGUCUUCUUUUAAUUUCUUUUUCUCUUUGAUCAGGCUUUUAUUUUUUUAUUUUUUUAUUUUUUUUUCCUUAAAGCCACGAAGAAAAACUAAAAGUAGUUUUUUCUUCAUGGCUUUAUUUCCUUUUCAUCUUUUUUUUUCUAUUUUCCUAUUUCUUUCUUUCUUUUUUCUUUUUCUUUCUUUUCUUUCUUUCUUUCUUUUUUUUCUUUCUUUCUUUCUUUCUUUCUUUCUUUCUUUCUUUCUUAUUGAUGUCAUGUCCGAGUCUUUUCUAAGUUUUCUUUGA